AUGACCACAAGUCAGAGGGGCUUUAGUCUUCAUUGUCUGUCUAUCACUGUCUCGACAGGAUAUCCCCCAAUGAACCUCCCAAAAGAUGGCAUUCUUCAACAGUUCUCCCUGACCACUUGUCAUCCUUUGCAUGGCCGAUUCUCAUCCUGCCUGAACAAGACCGAAGCUGAACUUACCCGAAUGCUCAGCAAGUCGUCAACCCAUUCCGCGCUUCUCUGCAUAGAAAUUGUGGACAAGCAUCUAGAAAACAUGUGGCUUUCUGUUUGCCGCAAGGGCGAUUGGGUGCUGGUCUUUAUUACCAGGUCAAAGGACUGA